CCCUUGAACUGUUGACCAUAUCACGCAUUUAUCCAGAAGCCAUGAUUCUUAAAACUCUUUUUGGUAUUGCAUUGGCAUUAUCCAUAACAUUUAUUUUUAAAACGAUUCUGUUAAUGGACUACCACAAAACCCUGUGGAACCAUAGACCAGGGAAAUGUCACAUUGUGGAAGGAAUAGACCACGGUUCUGAGGACAUGCAGACCACCAAGUCUGGUCUGACUUUCAUCACCUCUGGAAUAAAUGGAGUUCUCUUUGGAUCAUCAUUUGAUGAAUAUUACAAGAAGCACAAUGUACGAGGGAGAAUCAUGCUAUUUGAUAUGGAGAAACCAAAAGAUGGUGUCAAAGAAUUAAUGAUUAUUGGAGACAAGUUCAGUUACGAUGACUUCUAUCCUCAUGGAAUCAGUGUGCUGGAGCACAAAGGUAAAAUCUUACUCUUUGUUGUUGUGCAUCGAAAGGAACUUGACACGGUGGAGAAAUUUGAAUUCCUGGAGAAGACCUUAGAACUGAAGCACCUGGAUACUUACACUGGAGAUCUUGUACACCUACUGAAUGAUGUGGCGGCAACUGGACCAGACUCGUUUUACACCACAGACUAUGGCUAUUACCACAAUCACUUCGGACAUACCUCAGAAAUCUUUCUAGGGCUCUACUUUGGACAUGUUCUGUACUACAAUGGUCAGAAUUUCACGAUAGUUUCAGAGCCAACACACAUGGCUAAUGGCAUUGCUCUGUCCAGGGAUGGGAAGCUCGUGUAUGUUGUCUCUAGUUCUGGUAAAAAAAUUAUGGUGUUUAAACGAGAGGCAGAUAACAGACUCACCAAAAUAAAUGUGAUUGACCUUGACACAAUUCCUGACAAUCCAGUGGUGGAUCCAAAAACAGGAGACAUACUACUGGGCUGUCAUCCAAUAGCAUUUAAAACUUUACAACAUCAGAACGACCCCAGUCAACCCUCAGCUUCACAGGUGCUGAUGUUACAUAUGGAUAAAGGCGGAGCCAACAUGACAGGUGCGACCGAGCUCUUCUCAGAUGACCUUGAACUAUUUGGUUCAAGCGUAGCUACCUUGUACAAGAAUCGUAUGUUGAUAGGUACAGUGUGUCACAAAAUGAUGUACUGUGAGGUCAAUACAUUAUAAGAAUUCUAAAUUUAUAAUUUUACCUCUAACAUUUUAUAUCUUUAGAAUGUAUGAGUGCCAUUUCCUUUAUUACCUAGCUUGACUAAGACUGUUUGACGCAAUGUUUUCUUGCUGUUUUUUUUAACCAGAACUUUUUCCAUGAUUAUUGCAUUGUUUAAAUUUUGGAUGUUAUUUUUGUAUUUUUACAUUGUUAAGCCAACAUGUUUGUGUCAAAUAUAUCAAAAUGCAUUGCAUG